AUGUAUGACUCCCUUGUUCAAACCGGCCUUCAACCAUUUCUUGAAGAGGCCGGUCCUAUCCUUCUGGAUGAUGUCAAGGCCUUCUUUCGAAGCGCCUGCAUCAGGGGCAAGUAUAUCGUCUCGACUGUCCGAGACCACACCUUUUGGAUCGACGAGGAUGACUUUUCUUCACUCUUCGAUCUACCCGCUGAGGGUUUUUCUGACUUCCCGGCUGUUCAGGACCUUGCGGGAUUUGAAACCGCACUUUACCUGUCAGCCACCCCUCUUCCGGUGGCACAGUUUGGGCCAAAAACCCAACUUGCUAGUCACGGGGGAUCGGUGUCCACUGUAGCGCCGCGAGUAUUAGAAAAGCUUGAAAAGGGCAAAUUGGAAAUACGCCAAGAGAUAGAGCGGUUAGAAGCAAUAUGCAAUCAGAAACAAGUUCCGGUGUAUACCGCUCCGGUCAUCGAAGAUUUUCAAAUAGACUGGACAACAGAGGACACUGAGACACCGAAGGAUAUUGAGACACCGAUGCCAGAAGAUGAUGAGGUACCGACUUCAAAAACUGUUGAAGUACAAAUUCUAGAGGAUGUCGAGGUACCGAUCCUGGAAAAUGCGGCAUUAAACUUGGAGGAGGCGGUCACAUUAGAAACACCUACUGAGGUUGUUGUAAUAACAGACUCCGAUGAGAGAGCCGAUCCUAAUCAGACCGAGCAGUCCCCUCCUACUCCACCACCAGAAGCCACCGUUUCAGUCCCCCCCAAGGAAUGGAUUGAAGAUCGGUUCCAAGAGCUUGAAGCAUCCGUUUCGGGGCGGAUUGAUGAACAACUCAAGAAAGUUGAAGUGUCCACAUCAGGGCAGAUUGAAGACCGGCUUCAGAAAUUUGAGGCAUCAAUAUCAGAGAUGAUUGAUGACCGAAUACUUGAACACAACGUCUCUAAGCUUCAACCAUUCAAGGAUAGCGCCGAUAAAAUAUUUGACUCGGCCAUAAAGUUCGCCAAUGCGACAAAGCUGGUUGUGGAUCAAAAUCAAGUACGACUAGCAGAACUCAGCACCGGAUUGUGGGAAGAAGCCGGUGAGCGUGAGAAAUGUGCUCAGCAGACCGCGACUCUGGAGGGCAUCACUUCGGACUUAAAGAAGGAUCUCGGGCGGGUUGACACGACAAUCGACCGAGUCUCAGCGCUGGAAAAGACGAAUGAGACUCUCGUGGCCGAGGUAAAGGCACUAACUGAGCAGAUGGCCGAAAUUCUGAAGGCUAAGGAAAACGCCGAUGCCGCUGCUAUAGAGGCCGAUGCUCUGGUUGCCAAGAGGGUCCAAGAAAGGCUGGACGCCGAAGUCAGCAAAGACAAAGAGCCGCCGCGAGCGACUCAGCUGACCGAAGAAGAAAUAGAGGCCGAAAGAGUAAGAAGGGGCGAGGCCUUAUUCCCAGGAUAUGCUGAGAAAGCGGCCAGACUGGCUGCAGACGAUGCCGCACGACUGGAACGGGAAGCACGAAGGCUGGCCGGUUUUGCAAAGGAAAAUGAGAAAAAGAAGAAGGCAGCCGCCUCCGUUUCAGCACCAGCAACCUCCGCCUCAGCACCGAAGAAAAGAAAGAGGCCGGCUCCUAAGAAAGUUCGGAUUGACGAAAUGCUCAAUGAAAUCUCUGAUCCGGUCGAGACGGGCACUUCACAGCAAGCCGACCUGGUCGAGGACGACGUCGAAGAACAGCUGCGGUCCCGGUCUAAAAGACCACGACCUUCUCAACAAUCCAGGCAACCGCAGCCGCCACCGCAACCGAAGAGAAAGAAGAGCGCAUAUGAGUUCACAGACUCGGAAUAG